GUCGGCGUCUCACCCUCUCGUCUCAAGUCCCUCACGCUUCGUAGACUUCCGUCGCCACUGCUUCCUCGUUCGCCGCGGGAGCUCAGAUCGUUGCAGCUUGGCGGAGACAGGCCUUGUGUGAGCUUACCUGCUCCUUCUGUGUUCAGCCCGUCGUUCGGUUCAGUAGUACGACCACUACCUGCAGAAUUAGAGCAUUAGUGCAGCCAUGUUUUUGACACGAGUGUUUGGGAGAACAUUUCUAGCUGCUGCUAGAUCAGAAACUUCUUCUGCCACAGCUGCUGCUGCUGCCACAGCUAGGACGGGCUAUAACCCGCUUGAGGAGUUUUUCGAGGCAGAUAGAAGUCCAGAUGAUGGCAAACCUGUUGUAUAUGGUCGAAGUUGGAAGGCUUCGGAACUACGGCUCAAGUCUUGGGACGAUCUUAAUAAACUAUGGUAUGUUCUUUUGAAGGAGAAGAAUAUGUUGAUGACACAACGCCAGAUGCUGAAUGCACAAAAUCUAAAGUUUCCUAAUCCAGAACGCAUUCCCAAGGUGAGGAAGUCAAUGUGUCGAAUCAAGCACGUACUUACCGAGAGAGCCAUCGACGAACCAGAUCCUCGGAGAUCUGCAGAGAUGAAGAGGAUGAUAAACGCUCUGUGAUGACCGCAAGUGUUUCAAAAUUUAGUACGCCGUAGAUCUUAUCAUCUCAGAGACCAAAGGAUAAAGAGUUAGCAAGAUAAUAUGCACGUCUAAUGCAAAGUCAGUUCAAAUUCAUUCUGUAAUAGAAGAUCUCAUUAGAACCCUAGAAGAAACUGUUUUGAUGAUUUCUAAUCUUGUUUUUAUCUUUACACUAAUCAAAAGUUUGAAGAUUUUGUUUAUUUGUGCCAAGAUAAAAAAAAAAAAAAAAACAUUGGCCAAGUUUAUUCUUAGAAGAUUUGGAACACACGUGUGUAUGUGUGAGGAACAAGUUGAAAAUGAAAAAGUUGACAAAAGAAAAAAAAGAAAGAAAAAGAAAAGGAUGCUUUGAUUUGGUGUUGGGAAAAUGAAA